AUGUCGGGAGGGCAGAAUACCGCUCCACUUGCCAACCCUCUUCAGGGCGUGCCAGAACACAUUCGCGCGCUUCUGUCGCGUCUUCAUGGCGAAUCGCUCGCUCAGGAAGCUGCCUUAGAAAAGGAAGGUAUGGAGGGCAAGACCUUUGGCGAGGUGAUGAGGGACAAAUUCAUUGCCCUUGAAGAGGACAAGGCUCAGUACAUUUAUGAGCUCUGUCGAGCCAUCAAUGCAAAGACCAUUGUUGAGGCUGGGACUUCGUACGGAGUGAGCACGAUCUACCUCGCACUGGCUGUCGCGGCCAAUGUUGCGGCAGCUGGCGGGAACGGCAUCGUCGUCGCAACGGAGCAUGAACCUACCAAGGCUAACAAAGCUCGAGAAUAUUGGCAAGAGUGCGGCCAGGACGUUACCAGGGUUAUUGAUCUACGGGAGGGCGACCUCCGGGAGACGCUGAAGGAAAAUUUGGAAAACGUGGACUUCUUACUCCUUGACAUAUGGACACCAAUGGCUCUGCCAACACUGCAGGUCGUGCAGCCGAAGUUGCGCCAUGGUGCGGUGAUUAUCGCUGACAACACCAUUUCAUCCGCGGGUUCAUAUGGCGACUUCUUUGCUUAUAUACGUGAUCCAAAGAAUGGCUUCAUCAACGUAACACUGCCAUUCAAAGGAGGGCUGGAGAUGAGUGUAUAUCUCCCGCAACAGGCGUAA